AUGGGGAGACGUGACCCAGAGGAAGGGCAGCUCCCAGCUCCUGUGAAGCCCCCGGAUGGUGGCUGGGGCUGGAUCGUGCUCUUUGGCUGCUUCGUGAUCACUGGCUUCUCCUAUGCCUUCCCAAAAGCCGUCAGUGUCUACUUCAAGGAGCUCAUGAAAGAUUUUCAUGUGGGCUACAGUGACACAGCCUGGAUCUCCUCUAUCAUGCUGGCCAUGCUCUACGGGACAGGACCAGUGUGCAGCAUCAUGGUGAACCAGUUUGGUUGCCGACCUGUGAUGCUCAUUGGUGGGCUGCUAGCUUCUGCUGGUAUGAUCCUGGCAUCUUUUACCACCAAUAUCAUUGAACUUUAUCUGACAGCUGGCGUGCUGACAGGUUUGGGUAUGGCAUUGAACUUCCAGCCCUCACUGAUCAUGCUGGGCUCCUACUUUGACAAGCGUCGGCCCCUCGCCAACGGCCUGGCUGCUGCUGGGAGCCCUGUCUUCCUAUCUGCCCUCUCUCCACUGGGGCAGGUGCUGAUGGAGAAGUUUGGCUGGCGUGGAGGUUUCCUUAUCAUGGGAGGCCUUCUGCUUAACUGCUGCACUUGCGGAGCAGUCAUGAGGCCUCUGGAUAUGGGCAUGAAGCGGAAGAUGGAGAAGACUCAGGACAAAUACGAAGCUAAGGAGAUGCUUCCUAUAGGAGGGAAAUCAGAGGAGGGAAUCAGUACCACUGAUGGAAACAAGAAAGCCAAGAAAGCCAAGAAAAAACCCAAGAAAGGAAAGAAGCUUUUGGAUUUCAGCAUCUUUUCCAACCGAGGGUUUAUCGUUUACACCAUUUCGAAGUUCAUCCUGGUCUUGGGUCUCUUUGUGCCCCCCAUACUGCUGGUCAACUACGCCAAGGACACAGGAGUGCCAGACACAGAGGCUGCCUUCCUGCUCUCCAUCAUCGGUUUCAUAGACAUCUUUGCCCGCCCCGCCUGCGGCAUGGUGGCAGGGUUGAAGUGGGUCCGCCCUCACGUCUCCUACCUGUUCAGCUUCGCUAUGCUCUUCAACGGCAUGACAGACAUCUGCAGUGCCAGGGCUAGCAACUACACAGGGCUGGUCAUCUUCUGCGUCUUCUUUGGCAUCUCUUACGGCAUGGUGGGAGCACUGCAGUUCGAGGUUCUGAUGGCCAUCGUCGGCUCCCAGAAGUUCUCCAGCGCCAUCGGCCUGGUCCUGCUUAUCGAGGCUUUUGCUGUCCUCAUUGGUCCACCCUCUGCAGGCCGCUUGGUGGAUGCUCUGAAGAACUAUGAGGUGAUCUUCUACCUGGCGGGCUCAGAGGUGGUGCUCUCUGCUCUCUUCCUGGCCAUGGCCACCUACUGCUGCCUGAACCGAGGGAAGAAGAAGGAUCCUCCUCCAGAGAAGAACCCCUCUGGGGGUGGUGGGAGCGAUACCGAGGAAGCAGAGUCUGAUAUGCAGGAAGCUGAGGAGCACAGCAGCGACAACCACCAGCUGGCACUCAGCACUGACAAUGCCAUGGUAGCUGCCAGCGAGGAAGCCAACCACGUGGCAGAGGAGCAGAGCAGGGAGGGAGGUGGGUGUCCAGAGGGAGAUGGGGAGGUGUUGGCACGAGAUGCCUGCAACACUGACCAGACGGUGGAGAGGGACAGGUUUUAG